GGUGUCACAUACCUCUGUGUUGUUAGUUAGCAAUACGAGUUACUGAAAUCCUGGAGGUUAGUUCGAAUAAUUAUUUCAUAUAUUGAUCGUUAUGACUGAAUGUACGGCGAACAAGUCCGCAAAUGGGGAUGCUUGUCAUCAUAAGACGAACGACAGAAAACCGGGAAGGAACGGCUACGUAAAGAAUCGUUUCCACCUCCAGCGACAGCAACUACAGAAGUCCUGUUACCCAAACGAGAAGGCAUCCUGCAAUGGAGGAUUAUACAGCAGGCUAUCCUUGGAGUCCUUUGAGGAGACGCCUAUGUUUGUGGCCGUCCUCACAUACAUGGGCUAUGGCAUCCUCACUAUCUUUGGGUACCUGAGGGACUUCCUGAGAGAGUGGAAAGUUGAGAAAUGCCACAUUGCCAGAGAGCGGGAAGAACAGAAGGACUUUGUGCCUCUUUAUCAGGAUUUUGAGAACUUUUACACCAGGAAUUUGUACAUGCGGAUUAGGGACAGCUGGAACCGGCCCAUUUGCAGUGUCCCAGGGGCCAAGAUGGACCUGGUAGAACGUGUGUCCCAUGACUACAAUUGGACAUUCAAUUACACAGGGAAUGUGGUCAAAGACGUCAUCAACCUCGGUUCAUAUAACUACCUGGGGUUUGCCGAGAACUCGGGACCAUGUGCCGACGCCUCGGCUGACAUGACCCUGAAGUACGGGGUUGGAGUCGGCAGCACCAGGCAGGAGAUGGGUAACCUGGAUAAGCAUGAAGAGCUGGAGCAGCUGGUAGCAAGGUUCCUUGGCGUGGAGUCCUCCAUGGUGUUUGGCAUGGGGUUUGCCACCAACUCCAUGAAUAUCCCUGCACUCACAGGCAAAGGCUGCCUGAUUCUGAGCGACGAGCUGAACCACACCUCUCUGGUGCUGGGGGCCAGGCUGUCCGGGUCCACCAUUCGCGUCUUCAAACACAACAACAUGCAGAGUCUGGAGAAGCUGCUACGGGAAGCCAUCGUUCACGGUCAGCCUCGAACCCACAGGCCAUGGAAGAAGAUCCUCAUAGUAGUGGAGGGAAUCUACAGCAUGGAGGGCUCCAUUGUGCGGCUCCCGGAGGUAAUCGCUCUGAAGAAGCGCUACAAGGCCUACCUGUACCUAGACGAGGCCCACAGCAUCGGCGCCCUUGGCCCACAUGGGAGAGGGGUGCUGGACUAUUUCGGCCUGGACCCCCAGGAUGUGGACAUCUUGAUGGGGACAUUCACCAAGAGCUUUGGAGGGGCAGGAGGGUACAUUGGAGGAAGGAAGGAUCUGAAAGAGUAUCUUCGUGCGCAGUCCCACAGUGCGGCCUACGCCACCUCAAUGUCACCUCCGGUAGCCCAGCAAAUUAUAGCUUCUAUGAAGUGUAUCAUGGGGGAGGACGGGACAACAAUCGGUCGAGAGCGUAUUCAACAGUUGGCGGAAAACACAACAUACUUCCGCAGCAGUCUCCGGGAGAUGGGUUUCAUCAUCUACGGGAAUAAGGACUCCCCUGUCGUGCCCAUGAUGCUGUACAUGCCUGCGAAGAUUGGUGCAUUUGGGAGGGAGAUGCUGAAGAGGAACAUCGGUGUGGUUGUGGUGGGCUUCCCGGCCACACCCAUCAUUGAGUCCCGAGCUCGCUUCUGCGUGUCCGCUGCCCACACCAGAGACAUGCUCGAUACGGCAUUGAGUGCGAUCAGUGAAGUGGGAGAUCUGCUGCAGGUAAAGUACUCCCAACACAGAUCAAGUUCCUCUCUGGGCAGCGCCUUCAAUGAGUCCGGGUACGAGGUAACCGAGGACUGAGAGCGCCAACUGCGCCCGCAUGCGUCGCCACAUCCUGGCCUUGAUCCUUACGACCUGUGCCUCUUCAAACCUUCUUCCUUCCAAUGUUGGCAAUGUUGCCAGUGGUAACAAUUAAGAAUUAACAAUCAUUAAGAGUCUUUUAUUCAUUCCUGUUUUCAAGAGUGGUUUCCUGUUUGUUCCUGAGAUGUUCCUGUUCUGUCGAUUUUGGAAAGGCUCACAGGUCGACUGGUGAACACAACGUUUGCGCCUUUUCGGGUCCAGUUCACGGUUCCUACUGCUGAAUGUCCCCCACCCUUCUCUUUGUGCAAUAUUGACAUCUCAGACCUUCUGUAAUUCAACUCACAAAACAAAGCUACACCCCAAAAUAUAGAUUUAUCAAGAAUUGAACCAAGUUUGCAGUAAACAUAGGGUUAGCUACUGUAGUUCUGACUCUGGGAGACAUCCCAAAAAUGACUCCCAUAUUAAUGUUUUCACUUUGCACCAGUCUGUCAAGCCAGUGUCUUACUCGAAUCUUGCGGUUCCAUUUGUUGUUUUAUCAAAGAAAAUCUUCCGAUGAGUCGAAUUUGAGCUUUUCAUCGCAAGCUUCACACCAAGGCUCAGAAUCCACCAAGUGCAGAUCUAAUUCACCAUUUUAGAAGUGCUCCAGUGUUCCAAUAAAUAGAGUUGUUUCCCUGUGGUGGCAAGUGAGCCUUAAGUUAUCCUAAGUCUUAAAGUCUUCUGUCUGCUGUUUUUUUACGGUGAGCCCUUGAAGGGGUGAUCUACUGUAGAUUUGUUGGUAUGUGGGGACAAAUGAGCCAAGUUUAGUCUAAUCUUAAAGUUGAUCUUCUAUAUUUUUACACUGAAAGGUUUUUUUUUUCUUUUUUUACACAUUUUGCACUGUUUAAAAGUAUAGCUUAUCAUAUCUUGCCUUUUGUCUUUAUUGAAAUUUUUUGCUUUAUUGAAAACCUGCUGUUAUAAUCCACAUAGCAAGGGAAAAGGUGCUAUUUCAUUUUGUCUUUUGAAGGAAUGUGUGUCAAUGUGAGUUGAAAUGUGUUUAUUAAAAACAAACCAAAAAAAAUUAUACAUUUAGCUGAAUGUAUGAUGACCUCUGAUUUAUUUAUUAAUUAUUAUUCCUGUUAUUUGUUUCUCUCAUUUCUUUUGGAAUACAUUUCAGCAAGGCAGCUCUAAACAUUUUAUUUUAAAUGCAUAUGCAUUGACACUGCGUCCAUUUAUUGCAAGUACUACUGACAUUUUUCUUUAAAUGACCAUUGCAGGUUUUUAAAAUGCACGUAUGCUGUUUUAGCUUAAGCUGCUAAUUUCCAGUAAAAGGUGCUGAACUAUGUGUUCUACACAUCCAUCUCUCCGGGUUUGUCUUUAGCCCAGAAGCCAUUCCUCAUUUAGCUCUUUAAUUGCCAGUCAAGUAUGGGGUUCUGAACAACCUUAUGUGCAGUACUGUCAUACUGGAAUGUAUGUCGUAUGUGUGCAACAUCUGUGUGUUUUUUUCCCCCAUGAAUUUCUUGUAUUGGUCUGGGAAAUGCUACUGUCUUAAGAGGCGAAGUGAGAAAGCUUGAAGCUGUACAUGAAGUGACCGCAGACUGUGUAAACAGAAGUUCUUAACCAAGUUGAUGGUAAUAAUCUUGAUGUACAAAUAUCUAUUUGAAAAAUGAAUGAUACUGGUUAUUACUUUAUAUUCAUGUACACAUUGUCUGAAUGUGACUGUAUUGAAUGUUAUGCAAAUCGCCAUGUCUUUAGUUGGCCAGUGGUACCUUUUCACACUGUUGGACCCCACUACUAAUGUAGACUUCUGUCAAAACCAGCAUGGGUUUUCUGAUCAUCAGAGGUACUGGGUAGAGAGACUUUAUUGGUAUGGGUUUGUUGAAUUUGUUGGCAUGGAUUUGUUGAAUUUGUUGUCGGUAUGGAUUUGUUCUUAUGGAUAUGUUGAAAUGUUUGUAUUGGACUACUUUGAGGAAUUAUCUACAUGUAUUAAAAUGUUAUCUUGGAAUUGCAGUGGGGCACAAGAGAAAAGUUAAUUACUUGCUACAUAUCGACAUCCAAAUUUUCAUAAGAACAUUGAAA